CCAAAAGCUUUCACCUCUCCUUUGCUUUCAAAUAAAAAUAUGAUCCAGCGAAAUGGAGCCGUGUGAACGAGGUAAUUCGCUCUGGUAAUUGAGAGGAAGAACAAUGUAAUUCACGAUGUCGAUGUGAUGAAAAAGCCGUAGUAGCCUUAAUAUGCAUAUUUUAUCGGUUUCAUUAUUAGGGCUAUAUAUAACAAAUCGAUGCAUCUCUAGCUGAAACAUUCAAAACAAUAAAAUAAAUGAUAGAAGUGUAUUCAGAAAAACUAAUAUAUAUUAAUUCUCAGCGAAAGUGUUAUGGAACAAUCUAAUAUUUACACUAAUGACCAAUUAAAUACCGAAAUGGACGAAAUGGACGAACUGUCCGCACAGGAAAAUGACAAUUUUGGCGUCCAACUGAAUGAACCAAAAGCUGUAAAAGUGAUUAAAAUCCAGCCUUCAGUCUUGGCAGAAUACAUGUUGUGGCAAAAUAAUUACGAGCGUUUUUUGUAAAUGAUAGUUCAGUACUUAAAUUUUUUAGGUAUCCCAUCUCUUCUCAAGCAAAUUUUGAACAACCAAAAGCAGAUUAUGUCCAAUCAAGAAAAGAUGAAUGUUCGUCUUCAGAAUUUAGAAAAGGCAACCAAAGAAAGUGCGCGUGAAAGGGCAAAUCUUAUGGUGCAAAAUCAGUCUAUACAUGAGUGUAAAGUUUUGACCAAGAAGAUAUUCAGCUCGAUUAGGCGUAUAACAGGUGAAUUAGAGAAUGAAAUUCAUUCGAAGAUAUCAGAAACAUUACCCUUAACGUGUUUAGACGCCGUUGAAGAGGUUGAAGAAAAAUUAAAUAAUAAGGAAUAUCUAAGCACAAUGAAAGCUCACUUGUUUCAAAUUAAAGGAGCUACAGGCACGAUAGAAGAUGUUUUUCGUAGAGUAAUGUCUGAUGAUUUAAUUGACCUUUUUAAUUGGGAUGGAAGAGCGGAAAAGAGAGCUUUAAACUCGCUAAAACUCAUCAGUGAUGUCUUAUACGACGUUUUUUUUAUAGAGGGUCGAUACAAUUAUGAGAUGAAAUUGAAAAAAGCUAUCAAAAUGAGUCACAAGAGAUCUAAACAAAAAGCUUAUCUAAAGCGGAUGCAUAAUGACUAACUAAUUAUAAAAAUUAUUUAAAUAUAAUUAUUUUAUUUAAAUUUU